GUGGCGGUGUCCCCGGCAAAAUGGAACUCCCGCAGAUGCCAGAGCUAAUGGGGCUGUCGCUGUUGUUCGGGCUGCUGGCCCUGAUGGCGACGGCGGCGGUAGCGCGGGGGUGGCUGCGCACGGAGGCGGAGACGCGCGGCCGGCCCGUCGGCCAGAAAGCAAAUGGACUUCCACCUGAUAAAUCCUUGGGAUCCAAGAAGCAGAAGCAACAGCGGAUUCGCAAGGAGAAGCCUCAGCAACACAACUUCACCCACCGCCUCCUGGCUGCAGCACUGAAGAGCCAUAGUGGGAGCAUAUCUUGCAUGGACUUUAGCGGCAAUGGCAAGUACCUGGCCACCUGUGCAGAUGAUCGAACCGUCCGCAUCUGGAGCACCAAGGACUUCCUGCAGCGUGAGCACCGCAGCAUGAGAGCCAAUGUGGAGCUGGACCAUGCCACCCUGGUGCGCUUCAGCCCUGACUGCAGAGCCUUCAUUGUCUGGCUGGCCAAUGGAGACACUCUCCGUGUCUUCAAGAUGACCAAACGAGAGGAUGGGGGCUACACUUUCACAGCCAACCCCGAGGACUUUCCCAGAAAGCACAAGGCGCCCAUCAUCAACAUUGGCAUUGCUGACACAGGGAAGUUCAUCAUGACUGCGUCCAGUGACACCACUAUUCUCAUCUGGAAUCUGAAGGGUCGGGUGCUGUCGACCAUCAACACCAAUCAGAUGAACAACACACAUGCUGUCAUAUCGCCAUGUUCCAGGUUUGUGGCCUCGUGUGGCUUCACCCCAGAUGUAAAAGUUUGGGAAGUCUGCUUUGGGAAAAAAGGGGACUUCCAGGAGAUUGUGCGAGCCUUUGAACUGAAGGGCCACUCUGCAGCUGUUCAUUUCUUCGCUUUCUCCAAUGACUCCCGGAGGAUGGCCUCUGUCUCCAAGGAUGGUACGUGGAAACUGUGGGACACAGAUGUGGAAUACAAGAAGCAACAGGACCCCUAUUUGCUGAGGACAGGCCGCUAUGAAGAGGCAGGCACCAUGCCGUGCCGCCUGGCACUCUCCCCUGAUGCCCAGGUCUUGGCCUUGGCCAGUGGCAGCAGUAUCCGUCUCUACAAUACCCGGCGGGGUGAGAAGGAGGAAUGCUUUGAGCAGGUCCAUGGGGAGUGCAUCACUGACUUGUCCUUUGACAUCACUGGCCGGUUUCUGGCCUCCUGUGGGGACCGAGUGGUGCGGCUCUUCCACAAUGCCCCAGGCCACCGGGCAGUGAUGGAGGAAAUGCAGGGCCUCUUGAAGCGGGCCUCUAACGAGAGUACCCGCCAGAGGCUUCAGCAGCAGCUGACCCAGGCCCAGGAAGCCCUGAAGAGCCUGGGUGCCUUGAAGAAAUGA